UCGUUGGUCACUUUAUAGUUUCCUCAGUGUAAACCAAGAUGUCUUUCAAGUUCAUUCUAAAACACUUGCUGUGAGGUAUUUCAGCUGAAAGACUACAAUGUGCUCCUCUGCCUGCUUUUGAAUGUGAUUUGAAUAAGUUUAUAUUGCGUAUUAGCCUUGCCUGUGGUGUAAAGUGCAUUUACACAAAUGUUGAGUUGGUUCUUGAGUAUUACUAAGGUAUUAUACUUGUAGGCUACUUUUAAUCCAUUAAAUUGUUCUGUCAGCCAUACUGGUUAUUCUGCUAUAUUUUCAGAACACCUGAACAUUCAAUGCAUGAGUUUUAUAGGCCACUUAUAAAAUAGUAAAAGUCGAUUCCUAUUUUUUAAUAAAGCAAAUGUUUGAUUACUAUUACUCACACCACUGCAGUGGAUAAUAGCAUGGUCCAAUAUAAUCUCCAGUCGACGAAUUACACUUCUUCACUGUUCAUCUUCGUCUAAUUAUAGUUUAUAAUUGACCACGCAGCAAAUUAACUUUCACUCUCAGUCUCACUCAUCACAUCCCCUCCACUCUGUGUGUGAUUCUGCACAGCAAAUCUACGGUGCCCGCACAUCUCGCGAUGAAAGGGAGACAACGCGAUACUUUUUGUUGUUGUUGCUGCCUGCAAAGUUAUAGUCCUCCAGCAGCACAGCGGCAGCAACAACAGCAGCAAUGGCCGCUUUCCGCAGAGUGGCAGCGCUGGCCGGUAAGAUAAACAUCUGGUCGGCGGCGAGACACGAGCUCGUCGGUGGUCAGGCGGCCAGAGGAGGAAGGACACGAAGGGGUCUGGCGGUCGGGAUGUGUCUAGCGACGGGAGGCGCCGUGGCGCUUUACUUCUACAACGACAUGACGAGCUGCAGAGGCAGGAAGGGGAUGGGGAGCCGCAGCAUCAACGGACUGCUCCCAGCCAUCCCGACCGUGGAAGCCAAGGAGAAGGAACGUCCGUUUGACUUUGAUGAGGGAGACGUGUACAUGUCGUCCCAUGAGCAUCGCUUCCGCAUUUUCAGCUCGGUGGAGUAUGACGGGCAGCUCUACAUGACUCCACAGAACUUCAUCGAGUCGGUCACCAUGAGCGAACCCAGAAACAAGAGGCCCUGGAGGUCCCUGGCCAAACAGGAGCUGGAGAAGAAUUUGACAGAAACUCCCCCAGUGUGGAGAGGAUCCUCCAAACUGUUUCGCAACCUGAGAGAACGAGGCAUCAUCUCAUACACAGAGUACCUGUUCCUGCUCUGCAUCUUGACAAAACCCCAUGCUGGCUUCAAGAUUGCUUUCAAUAUGUUUGAUGCAGACGGCAACCAGAUGGUGGACAAGAGGGAGUUCUUGGUGCUUCAGGAGAUCUUCCGGAAGAAGAAUGAGAAGAGAGGGAGGAAAGGAGAUGUUGAGAAGUCGGCACAGUUGAGUAUGCAGCUCUAUGGAUAUCAGGUUGCCCCCAUGAACAGCGUGCUAAAAAAAGACAGUCAGGAGUUUGUGGCGCGGAGUUACUGGGACGUUCUGCGGCGAAGCGCCAGUCAAGUCCUCUUUUCUGACCUGGCGGAGCGAGCGGAUGAGAGUAUCACGAUUGACACAACCCUGUUGGUCCAUUUCUUUGGGAAGAAAGGGAAGGCAGAGCUGACGUUUGAUGACUUCUACAGGUUUAUGGAUAACCUUCAAACCGAGGUGUUAGAAAUUGAGUUUCUGACCUUCUCUAAAGGGAUGACCACGAUUAGUGAAGUAGACUUUGCCAAAAUCCUGCUUCGCUUCACCAAUGUGGAAAACAUCAGCGCCUACCUGGAGAAUGUCCGCCAUUGUAUACCUGAUGAGAAGGGAAUCACCUUUGACGAGUUCAGAUCAUUCUUCCAGUUUCUCAACAACCUCGAGGACUUUGCCAUUGCCAUGCACAUGUACAAUUUUGCCUCCCGCUCCAUUGGACAAGAUGAGUUUGCAAGAGCGGUGUAUGUGGCCACUGGAUUGAAGCUGACGCGGCACCUUGUGCACACCAUCUUCAAGAUCUUUGACGUGGAUCACGACGACCAGCUCUCCUACAAGGAGUUCAUCGGCAUCAUGAAGGACCGGCUGCACAGGGGAGCAAGGGUGAAGGCCCGACACCACACCUCCUUCUCGGGCUGUGUUCGCUCGGGGGCCUGUCGACAAGUGCACCAGCUCUGGAGGAGGUACAAGGAGAAGCUGAAGUGGAGGAGAGAGAGAAAGAAGGCAGAACGAAUAUGAAGGAAGGAGUCUGAUGAUGGAAUAAAUCAACCUGAUCUCUAUAUAAAUCAGUGUUGGCGACAUUGUUUUUUGAAGGACAGAUUUCCAUUGGUCAUCGAAAGCAGAACAUAACUAUAUACAAGCAUGCCCGCACACAGCCGACUGUAUGAUAACAAGCAACAUUCCUCCUUGAUUUCAUUUUCAUCAAUGCCAAGUAUGAUUUACAGUGUAUAACAACAAUACAGCGAUAGAUUAGACUUAACUCCCAGAGCAUGCCACCCCCACAACAGUCAGUAGAACUGCAACUAACUAUUAUUUCUAUUUUGGUUAAGUUUGUCAUUUAUUAAUUAAGCUAUAAAAAGCUUAAAUGAACCUAAUUCUACCUUUUCUACCUUAUUCUGAACAUCCUAUACGUGGAAGGUAUCAAUUUUAUAACAAUAGUAUUGAGAUAUAACUAAGCGAGUUACAGAAUCUUUUAAGUUCUAUAAACCAAAUGAUAUUUUGACUUUUAAAUAAAUAAUUAUUAUAAUAAUAACUAUCAAAUAUGCCUUUUUAUGUAAGAAUAUUUAGCUGUACUGCUGCACUUCCAACUGUAACAAUUGAACGAGCACAUUUAAAAUAACAAGAUAUUUUUGGAAAUGACAACGUUAUUCUUAUGUAACGCAAUAACUCUGUAAUUAAAAAUAGAAUAUUAACAUACAGUAGAAAUCUGAUAUUGUAAAAUCAUAUAAAGAGUCUUUUUAUUCAUGCAAUUUUUUUUGUUCACAUCUAGCCAGUAUAGUUGUUGCUUUUUAAUGUAAGAGUGUGUAUAAACACCAUUGCUACAGGUGCGAUGAUCAUAAUACUACUACAGUAUUGGGGGUGUUUUUGACCUGUAUGUAUAAGAAUAGAACGUGAAGGACAAGGGGAAAUAUUUGUUUUGUAAUAUUGUAAUUUCAAUAUUUUAUAUAAUAUGAAUAUGCAUAUUUUCUUUUAACAGCAACAUAAUUAUAAAAAAUUUACAUUGAUUGUUUUAAUAAUAUAUGUGAUUUAUAGUCCCGUCUACAUCCGGGAUAUGGUCACACAGUACACCCCGGCACGUUCGCUCUGCUCGGCAACAGCCAAUCGUCUUGUGCCUCCUGCACCUCGAGCUCAUCACUCUACAUCCAGACUGUUUGCUGUCCUGGCUCCUCAGUGGUGGAACGAGCUCCCCACUGACAUCAUGACAGCAGAAAGUCUCUACAUCUUCCGCCAGAGACUGAAAACACAUCUUUUCCGACUAUAUCUGGAUUAAAACACAGAUUUGCAUUUCAGUGGCACUGGGAUGGCACUUAUUGUGGUGCUUUUGUGGUUUGACUGAGUUGAGGAAGUGUUGCUUCCUGUGUUCUUGUUGUUCUUGGUUUGUACUCUAGGUUGAAUGCACUUAUUGUAAGUCGCUUUGGAUAAAAGCGUCUGCUAAAUGACAUGUAAUGUAAUGUAAUAGUCCAAUCUUUAAUGUUGUAAUAUAUUAUAAAUCAUUGAAUAUUA